GGACCGACAUGGAGUUUGGCAGGCCCCCCGGCAGGAAGAGUAGUCUGCGGGACCUCCAACAGCACAGACAUGGGGUUGGGCAGACCCCCCGGCAGAAGAGCAGUCUGCGGGACCUCAACGGCUCAGGACAUGGUUUGGGCAGGACCCUCGGCAGAAGCGCAGUCUGCGGGACCUCCAACGGCUCAGGACAUGGGGUUGGCAGGACCCUCGGCAGAAGCGCAGUCUGCAGGACCUCCAACGGCUCAGGACAUGGGGUUGGCAGGACCCCCGGGCAGAAGGGCAGUCUGCGGGACUCCCAACGACACUUGAAGUGGGUUUGGUUCGCCAACAGAACCCGGGGAGCUUGGCGUCGGACGGACAGCCAACCAGGAGACGAGGUGGCUGGAGUCGGCCGGUAUGCCGACAAGACACGGGGAGCUGGCGUCGGACGGACCAGCCAUCAGGACACCGGGGAAGCUGGCGUCGGACGGACAGCCAACAGGAAGACGAGGUGCUGGAGUCGGACCGGUACGCCCGACAGACACGGGAGGCUGGCGUCGGACGGACAGCCCAACCCGGAGACGAGGUGCUGGAGUCGGCCGGUACGCCGACAGGACUCGAGGAGCUGGCGUCGGCCGAUGAGUCAGCAGGUGACGAGGAGCCGGAGUCGGGACCAUGGUUACUGGAGCCGGCACUGAAGCCGGGACCAUGGCUGUAAGGUCCGGUUCUGGAGCCGGAAACAUGGCUGUAAGGUCCGGUUCUGGAGCCGGAAACAUGGCUGU